CUCGACUCUGUCCAGCCUACCGGUUACGUCUGAAGUCUUCAUCAAUCACCCCGUGCUAUAUUGGAGCUUCCAACAUCACCAACCCUUUCAUCCCCGUAACCUUCUCUUUACCAACAUCAUCUCUUCCGUGUGUCGAGCCUCGCAGACACAUCCUCAACCCCGGCUCUCCACUUCACUUCCUAAACGGACAAGAGGUUCUCCUCCAACGAGCGUGCAGCAGCAUCCAUGUUAUCGGAACAGUCUCUCAACAAGCGGAACUGGGAGGGGAAGGAGGAUCUCCUCCUUCUGGAACUACACGCCGCAUAUGGGCCGAACUGGACUCGCAUCGCAGGGGGGAUGGGCAUCCGGUCGGCGAAACAGUGCCGGGAGCGGUACACACAACACCUCAAGCCUGGUCUUAACCGUACGCCCAUCUCGGACGAAGAGGGUCGGCAGAUCAUGAAGAUGGUCAGCGAGUGCGGGCAAAGGUGGGCACAGAUCGCCAGGAACCUGGGCACCAACCGCAGCGACAACCAGAUCAAGAACUGGUGGAACGGGGCCAAGCGCAAGGAGACGUCCAAGAGACAGGAGGCGAGCCAAGAACAGCAACACGCCCACCAGCAGCAGCACCACCACCAUCAGCAGCCGCAGCCGCAGCCGCAGCCGCAGCAUCAACAGCAUCAACAACAGCAGCAGUUUCAUCAGCAGCAACAAUAUCAGUAUCCUCAGGACCUCUCGCCGUCGACGGGGGUUGCCGCGCUUUCCGAGCGACGGGGGAUCUUGCCUCCGGUGCCGCUCGAGCUCCCUUUGGACGCUGCCCGCGCUCGCUCCUCCCCGGCUCGCUCCUACGACUCCGAGAGGCCGCCGUCCCUCGUAUCAGACAGCGGCUCGUCCUGGAGCAUCUCGCAGCCGGCGUCCGCCUCGUGCUCGCCCACAAGCUUGUCGCUCCCCCCUCUGCAAUAUGCGCCGCCCACCCCGCCGACAGCAAACAACUGCCUCCCGCCCCCUUCCGCCCUCGGCCACGGCUUCGGGCCCGGCCCGGUCCGCCGCUCAUCCGACGCCAUGCAGCCGGCCGCCAGCAGCUACUCGCCCCGGAGCCGCUACGCCACCACGGCGCCGACCACGCCCGUCGGCCGGGCCCCGAGUUUCUCUUCCCGCUGGGAACCGUAUCCGACCAAGGGGCGGAGGCCAAGCACCGGCUACUCCUCUCAGGGGCACCACGGGUAUGAGAGCGAGAGCGGGAAGGCGGACAAAGGAUCCCUCUCGUUUCUCCUCAACUGAAGUGGCUGCUGUCUCGAUCGUCCUUCCCUUUUCACCCUCCCUCUCUCUCCCGGAACCCCGAGACAGUGUACACGGUUUCACGCAAUUUGGCGUUUUUUUUUUUUUUUUUUGGCGGACUCAAAACGAAUACCUCGCUACGGCGGGCACAACACAAAGGCAUUUUAUCGGGUCGGUUUACUGCUCAGUUUCAAGAUACCCAGUUUCUGCUUUUCUUUGCUUUUCUCGCUUUUCUCUCUCUUUUCGGGUACCUCCCCUGAUGGAGCCUCCCACCCUUUCCCUGCUGUGCUCAUCACACAAGCCCUCGACAGUCUCUACAGUAAUGCUUCCCUUCGUUGUAUAUAUAUAUAUGUAUAAUAUUACCUUGUUGGGAGGGGGGUUGUGGAUGGCUGGCCGACCAAUGAAUGUUCGAGUCGGGAGUGUUACGGCAAAGAGGAUUGAUUACGAUUUGGUAUGGCUCUGUAAUUACUAUAUACUAAGUAAUAACCGGGGACCUAGCACCUGCCCAGUACUAGUAGGAAUAAUAGUGUAGCGAGCUGUUGCCGCGCAUCGUCAGGCUCCGAGGAGAAAAUGGUGUUCCCCAUGCGUGGAAGUGACUUUGUGGGAUGUGCCUGCCCAUCUUGGGUUGAGUAAAUUCUUCCGUUCUGCCCUUGUAAAAGGGGUCGGCCAAAAAGCCAGCGAUCAAAGUUUUAUUACGGCGUGACGUGCUUGGAAGAAGUGUUUGAAAGCAUGAAUCAAACUCACGUCAA